AUGCCUGUUACCAAUACUCAUGCUGUGCCUUGGAAUUAUAAUUUCCAAGUUUAUUCACAGAGUGCAUCCAGCAGUACUUCCAUCCCUACCCUCAAUCAUACCUACACUCAACCCAUCACAACCCCUAAACCAUGUUUCACUCCUCAUGCUCACUUCAAAAUGACCUAUGCAGGUCCCUCCAAUGACUUUGCUCCCCAAUUCAUAUCAGAACCUGCCCUAACAAAUGACUCUCCAAAUCCAGAAGUAGAAUUUAUUACUAAAAGUGGGAGGUGUUAUAGCACUGAGGAAAAGAAAAGUAAAGGGAAAGCAAAAGUAGGAGAGUCACCUGAAACUGAGAAGAAGGUGGGAAAAGUAGUAGAGAAGGGGGAAUCCAGUGAGAGGAAGGAAGAAGAUGAACUACUAUUGCAAAUCAUGAAGCAGAUGCAUCGCCACGCCUUACAGAAGGUUUUAGACCAGGCCUUUAUAACCCCUGACAUCACACCUGGGCAAUUUGAAAAGAUAGUUAGACAAAUUCAGGCAUCCAAUUUCAUCACUUUCUCAGAGGACGAAAUAGGCUCGGCUGGCUUGAAGCACACUAAGGCUCUACAUGUGAUAGUUAAGUGUAAAGGUUGUUUGGUUGCUAAACUUUUCAUUGACAACGGCUUAGCACUUAAUUUCUUACCCAAUGGAACCCUGGCAAGGCUCCUGAUAAACCCUUCUGGAAUACGCCAAAGCUCCAUGAUUGUGAGGGUGUUUGAUGGCACAAAGAGAGAAGUGUUAGGAGACAUUGAUUUGCCACUUCAAAUAGGGGCAUAUACUUUCAAUGUAACAUUCCAGGUAAUGGAUAUUGAACCAACAUACACUAUGCUGUUGGAAAGGCCUUGGAUCCAUUCAGCAAACGCAGUGCCUUCAACUCUACACCAGAGGAUCAAAUAUGUCAUGAACGGCAAAAUCAUUACAGUAAGAGGAGAAGAAGCUAUGCUAGUUGCCAAGCCACAAUCAGUCCCUUAUGUGGAAACGAGUGAACGAUCUCUAGAAAGCUCAUUUCAAGCUUUAGAGCUACAAGGAACUGUUCUGGGAGACGAGAGAGCUGCAACCAUGGUUGCAAAAGUAAUGCUGAAAAAUGGCUAUGAAAAGGGCAAGGGGUUAGGUGUCACCCUGGAUCAGAAAUUCGAUAAACCUCUCGAAAUGAAGAAAGACAUCCGAAAAAUCUCAGACGUUUUCACCAGACCAAUCAUUGAGAACUUAAGAGAAAAGGAUAGAGAAUCUCCCUCAGAAUCAUCUAUCAAUGUCCUGCACCAAGAUUCUAUGUCCAAAAUACUGAUCUCACCAAUCACAGAGGGACAAGAGCUUGACGAUUGGGAAGCUGAAGAUAUCCCUAUGCUGUAUUUUUAG